AUGGAUGAAACCGAUCCUGUGGGCCGUAACUCCGGUCUGACCAAGAGAUCGCUCUACACCACCGGGAGCGGUGUUGUGGAGUUGCUGGCGCCUAUUCACAGCGACAUCUUCUUUCAAGAAAAAUUAAUGCUAAACGGCGUCGACAUAAAAAUACGAAUGAUCAGAGGCAAAGAUGAAUUCUGCCUGAUGUCAGGGGAGGACGUAGCCUAUAAACUAAAUAUUGUGUCGGCGUCCCUUUUCGUCAAGAAAGUGUCCGUAUCACCGUCUGUGAGACUGGCGUAUGCCCAGGCCUUGCUCUCGACCACUGCCAAGUAUCCCAUAGAUAGGGUCUGUCUAAAAAAUUUCUCCUUACCCGUAGGUUCCCGAGUAUCAAAUCAAGAAAAUUUGUUUUUGGGGACCUUGCCAAAAUCUAUCGUUCUGGCAAUGGUAGAUAAUGAUGCGUUCACCGGGUCCUACGAUAAAAACCCAUUUGCGUUCAAACAUUACAAUUUGGAGUUCCUGGCCGUUUACGUAGACGGACAGCAAUUUCCCGCCAAGCCUCUCCAGCCAAACUUUGCCGCAGGAGCGGCCGUACGAGAAUUUUAUCAGUUGGCGACCGCUACCGGGAGACAUCUUAAAAAUCAGGCUCUCUCUAUCAACAGGGAUGAUUUUCUGAGAGGGUAUUCGCUUUAUGCCUUUAACCUCAUGCCUGACGAAGACUGCGGUCAACACAUAUCGCUCAUCAAGUCCGGGAAUAUCAGACUCGAAGCACGCUUCAGACAACCGCUGACGCAUACUAUUAAUCUCAUCGUUUACGCUGUGUUUGACAGCAUCAUCGAGGUGUCUAACCGCAGACAGGUCCUGGUCGAUUACUACUGA